AUGACCAGGGGCGUCGGAUUACGACAAUAUCGGGCCUGCAGUAUCGGAGAGGCUGGAAAGCCACCUUGUCUGAAAUGCGAGCGCGAGGGAGCAGACUGCGUUCUCGCUGGCUCUCGACGUGGGGGCGAUUACUCUCGUUUCCGACAAACGAGGAAGACUUCGACAUCAAAUGCACAAGCGGAACGGAACUCACCAAUAGCACCUCAUUUCAAUGUGAACGUGUCUGUCACGUCUCCUGGCAAUGUCUCGAUACCAUCCACUAAGUACAGUGACCGCACUGUACACAACAACUUGCAGAAUCCCUCAGAUGCACUUUUGAUCCUGGCACACGCUGCAGGAGAUCCAGGAGAUCAGAGCCAAAGCCAACAUGAUCUACAGGCUGAUUCCAUUGCGCCAUUACAGAGGAGAAAUCCAGCGGGGAGGAAUGGGCAGGCUGUAGCCAAAGGACGAGAGCAUCGCAGUGGCACAAGUUACCUCGUUCCCCCAGGUCAAGGCCGCGACAAUCUUCAUGGUCAAACUACCUAUCCACCGUUGAAGAGUGGAACAAUAAGCAUCGAAAUGAUAUCAAACCUUUUGAAAUCAUAUCACGAAAAUUACCACCAAUUUUUCCCUCUUGUCCGAAAGGAUCUCCUCGACAGCACAGAUAUCUACGAGAACCUUGAAAAUGAAUCCUUCCUCCUCACCUCGAUCUUGGUGAUAGCGUCCAAAGAUCAUCCCGACUUGUCCAACACCCACAAAGAAUUAUGGAACUACCUUCGUCAACGAAUUCUCGACGUGAUCUUCGGGGCAGCGAGCACGCGGCGAGUCGGCUGUGUGGAAGGACUUCUUCUCCUCGGGGAGUGGAAUCUCGUCAAUCACGGCCAACCCGACGACGGAGGAGGUGAGGCUGCAUGGUCUAUCCUCGGUCUCGCGGUAAGAUUAGCGUAUCGCCUUCGACUGGAAGACGCCUUUCGUGGCGAUGAGAACGGGGGGGAUCAAAAUGCCCAGCGGAACCGGUUGGCGUGGACAUUCACAUAUCUCUCCGACCGCCAAAUCUCAAUCCGAAUGGGUCAAGCCUUCUGGUGCCGUGGCCCCGGCCUCGCCGUCCCCGUAACAGCAAAAGAUUUCCCAUCCCUCCAAUCCCAAGGCCCAAACAACGAAGACCUCGCAACGUGGAUCCAAGCACAGGUCGAACUAACAACUCUAUUCGGAAACGCCCAUGACAUCCUUUUUCCGUCCAAGGCUCGCACUGUCGAGCUCAUCGUUCGCGGCGAUUAUGUGAAGUAUAUCGACGAUACGACUCGCGCUUUGGCUGCAUGGCAGUAUUCCUGGCGAUCGAUUGCUGUUUCAAAACAUCUGCGGAGUUGUUUGACGCUAAUGAGGGAGUAUCUGCGUCUUUAUGUUUGUGCAUUUGCGUUUCAGGCUGUUCUGUAUCGUGCUUCGAGGGUCGUUCCCGAUGAAACUCAUCACACCCGGGCCUCGGAGACAGCAGAGAGUCUUGACUUCCCAAAUACAACAAUGGCCAGCCCAGAUGCACGAUACAUAUACGAUGCCCUCGACGCAGCCGAGUCUCUACUGAAGAUCUUUAUCGAGGACUUUGAUCCAGAGAAACAUCUGCGCUACUUGCCUGCGCGUUUCUACCUGUAA